CUAAACAUUAGGAAGAACUUCCUGACAGUAAGAGCUGUUAGGCAGUGGAAUUUGCUACCAAGGAGUGUGGUGGAGUCUCCUUCUUUGGAGGUCUUUAAGCAGAGGCUUGACAGCCAUAUGUCAAGAAUGCUUUGAUGGUGUUUCCUGCUUGGCAGGGGGUUGGACUGGAUGGCCCUUGUGGUCUCUUCCAACUCUAUGAUUCUAUGAAGGGAAGAGGGGCUUCCUAGCAACACUCAGCUGCCUUGACAAACUACAACUCCCGGUAUAAUUUGGGGAAAUGCUGUCUUUUUAAAGUGGUUUCAUCCCACUUUAAAUGUUCAGUGCAGAUGGGGUCUCCAACGGACCCUGUUCUGUCCGCCUCCUCACUUUUGUCUGUUUCGAUUCCCAUUUCUUUCAGUGUAAAGAAGCUUUUGCCAGAAGUCGGUUAAAGACGUCAGCUUCCAUGUGACCCUUCCUUGGCGAGAGACUUGAACAGAUGCCGUGCCGCUGACUGAGAGGCAACACUCCGUAACAUGUUCCCAGGAACCUCAUUCUUGUGUUGACCCAUGAACUAACAGAGGAGACGUUUUGUCCCCCACACAGAAGACUACUGAGGGACAUCUCCUUGUGAGUGAAAAUGGCUGCAGAGCAGGGGCCAGAAAUCCCAGCAGCCUCGCUGGGUCUCCAGCUCCAGUCGGCACCAGAGGCCGGUGCGAAGCCAGGAAUUAAAACAGAGCAGGUGGAAUUGGCAAGGCUGGCACCAGAGAUGGAACCGGAAGAGGCAGGAGGCUCCUCUCCUGCCCUCCAGAAUGGGACGGAGGGGCCUGGUCUGGGCUGGACAGAACCACAAUGUAUCAAAGAGGAGCCGGAAGAGGAGCUGUCGUCCCGGCAAUGGGAAGCCCAGUGGCAGGAGUUCCUGCGGACUGUGCAGGCCCCGCACUCUGGGGGAGAAGGAAACCCACAGCUCCCAGGGGAUGGGGCAUGGGGCGAGGCGAAGCCUUCUGGGUCCUCCUUCGAGGGAGCAGCCAUUCCCAGCCCAUGGGCUGGAGCAGUAGAGAGCAGAACCAGUCUUCCUCCAGGAUCAGCCCAGCCAGCCACUUCCAGACCAGACGCUGCCAGCCGAGGAAACAUGGGGCAAGCGAAGGACAUCAAGACGGAGGAGGUCACCAGCUCAGAGGCCCAUCGCCAGCUCUUCAGGCAGCAAUGCUACCGGGACGCCCAGGGCCCUCGCGAGAUCUACAGCCUCCUGAGGGAGCUUUGCCAUCAGUGGCUGAGGCCAGAGAAGCACACCAAGGAGCAGAUCCUGGACCUGGUGAUCCUGGAGCAGUUCCUGGCUGUCCUGCCCUCGGAAAUGGGGAGCUGGGUGAAGGAACGAGGCUCGGAGAGCUGCGUCCAGGCCGUGGCCCUGGCAGAGGAAUUCCUCCUGAGGCACCAGGAGGCGGAGAAUGCGGGACAGCAGGGACUGGGGGCCAUUGAAGUGGGUGCUGUGUGCACUUCCAAAGGAGAACGUUCCUUGCUGGAUCCAGGCCGAAGACAUGAGCCCAGGGAAGUCCUGCAGAAUUAUGAAAACAAGGCCCCUUUGGAUUGCUGGCAGGUAGAUGAACGCCAAGAGGGAAACCUCCCACUCGAGAGAGCCACGGAAGUGGUGUCUUUGCAGAGCUGCUUCCAAAGGAGAACAGCGGAGACACGUUCCUGGGGCGAGGAGCGGGAAGAGACUUCUGAGCAUCAGCUGAGACCAAUAAUGCAGCAGAGGAACCACCCCAAGAGCAGGCUGAGGAAGUCCAUCUCUUGCGCCGUCCGCCUUCUGCGGCACCCGUGGAGCCAAGAGGCCGCGAAACCGCACCGGUGCUCUUACUGCGGGAAGAGCUUUGACGGCCCGUCGCACCUGCUCACCCACGAGAGGAAGCACACCGGGGAGAAGCCCUACAGCUGUGCCACAUGUGGGAAGAGCUUCAGCCGCAAUUCGAACCUGGUCAUCCACGUGAGGACCCACACGGGCGAGAAGCCCUACAAGUGCUCAGCCUGCGGGAAGGGCUUCCGCCAGAGGUCCUGCCUCAGCACCCACGAGAAAACCCACACGGGGGAGAAGCCCUACAAGUGCUCAGCCUGCGGAAAGGGCUUCCGCCAGAGGUCCUGCCUCGCCUACCAUGAGAAAACCCACACGGGGGAGAAGCCCUACAAGUGCUCAGCCUGCGGGAAGAGCUUCGUGUGCAACUCACGCCUCGUCACGCACGGCAAGACACACACCGGGGAGAAGCCCCACCAGUGUCCCUCGUGCGGGAAGGGCUUCCGCUCCAACUCCCAGCUCGUCCGGCACCAGAGGAUCCACACAGAGGAGAAGAAGCCAUAGAAGUGCUCUGUUCUGCGGGAAGAGCUCCAGCUACAAGUCGGACCUUCUCCGACACAAAGGAACCCACACGUGGAAGAAACCUUACCAGUGCGCCAAGUGCGGGUGGGGUUUAAUUUGGAAACCGCAGCUCGUGAGCCACCAGUGGAUGCACAGAGAAGAGAAGCCUUGACACAGGAACCCGCUCGCUCUGGGGAAAGCGUCCAUCAUUGCUCAAUCCAUAUGAGGCGGAAGGAUCUCUAGGAACAGAGGAAGCUGCCCUUCUACCGAGCCGGGCCGUUGGGUCCAUCCGGCAUAGAGACGCUGUGGCUGUCCAGAAUUUCAGACAGGUUUCUCUCUGAGACCUACCCAGAGAUGCCAGGGAUUGAGUGUAAGCAAAGCAGAUGCUCUGCAAAUGAGCUACGACCAUUCCCCAUUUCUGCCAAAAUACCCGCCUUAUUAAAAUGCUCCACACAGCUCCGGCUGACUUCAGAAUGUCUGUUAGUCCUGCCCCGAUCACCAGUUUCUUAAUAUCUUCAGUCUGGUUCCAGGGCAAGACUUCCAAACUGAGCUCACACCACAAACACCCCAGUUCUACGAUACUCCCAGGUUCCCAUUCCCACCACCCUUCUGAGUAAUACCCCUCCCCACCCUCUCACUAUAUAGAAGGGUCUGGUGACUUCUGCUUCAGUGUAUCUGAAAAAGUGUGCAUGCACACGAAAGCUCAUACCAAUGACAAACUUAGUUGAUCUCGAAAGUGCAAGUUGAUCUGGAUUUUUUUUAUACGUUCUUCUUGUUCUCUUAUUCUCUAUGUUAGGUCUGCAAGCUGCACAUAUUCCAUCAAUUUAAGUUGCCAUUCUUCUUUAGUUGGGACCUCACUCGUUUUCCAUUUUGGGACUAACAAAACAUGGGCCGCAGUAGUGGCAAACAUAAAUAACCUUUAUUGACACCUGGGAAUUUCCAUCUGAAUUAUCCCCAACAAAAAGA